UCCUCCUCAGCUGCAUCCACCUAUCCAACCCUUCCUUCCACCUUCUUAUACUCCAUCCGAAACAUCCGCUGUCUAUUUCUCUUCACAUGCUGUCUAGUUCCUCCCGCAGUUCGUUUUAAUUAGCGCACAAUAAGUUAUCUGAGAAAUUUCAACUGGGCUUGAACUCGUUUCAUAAUUGGUUGUGUGCCGCUGUUUUGUUAUUGUUACUGGAAGGAUGGAAGAGCUCUUGGUUGUGAUCGGCAUUUGGGUUAUUUUAAUAUUUUUUCUGAGAGUAACGAAAUGCCUUCGGUAUUUUCUACUCACCCGGUGGUUUGGAGUACCGAACUCUUUCUUCACUUCCAAGGGGGAAUGGGCAGUUGUCACUGGUUCAACAGAUGGUAUUGGAAAAGCAUAUGCAUGUGAGUUGGCCAAGCGUGGUUUAAACAUUGUACUCAUAAGCAGGUCUAAGGAAAAGCUACAAAAGGUUGCAGAUGAAAUUGAGCAAGACACAGGAAGAAAUGUAAAAAUAAUUCAGGCAGACUUUACUAACACGGACAUUUAUCAACACAUUGAGGAAAAUUUGAGAGGCCUUGAAAUUGGGAUCCUGGUAAAUAAUGUUGGAAAAAUCCAAAAUGAAUACCCAUGUCGAUUUCUUGAAAUGAGUGACAUAGAUAAGACCAUCAAUGAUAUGAUUUCAGUUAAUGUGGUAUCUAUGGUCAAGAUGACUCAACUUGUCCUGCCGAAGAUGAAAGAAAGACAAAAGGGUUUGAUCCUGAACAUUUCAUCUGGAAUUGCUAAUUUCCCGUCUCCUCUCUGCUGUUUGUACUCAUCUACUAAGAUCUUUAUCGAAAGAUUUUCUAGAGGCUGUCAAGCAGAGUAUGGAUCAAAGGGUAUUACCAUACAGAUGCUACUGCACUAAAUGUAUGGUUGACUAAGAGCACAAUGUGAAUUGUAUUUGAGAACAACGCUUCCAAUUUCCAGAUCUUCAUUCAAAAUGUCGCCCUUAAAAAAAAUUCAGUUCCUGAUUGUAACUUCGAUGACUUUACUUGCACCACCUUACAGUCAGAAAGAAUGAAGCAUUACAGUGUCGAUCUUUUCUCCUUAAGUACUUACUUAUACUGAAUUGCAAAAUGUUCACAUGACUUGUUUUCGUGGUAAAUAAUAAUCACAGGAACUAUACUAACCUACAUAUUGCAAUAUUUCUGUAUAACUAAAUGAAAAUGUACCAAGAGUCAAGACUGUUUUCUGACUAGCAUGUGAAGCUAAUUUUAAUGUAUGAUGUCCAACUGUUUACAAAAUGCUGAUCUUACUAGGCAUUUCUCUGACUUCUUGUUGGUGAUUUAAAAACUACAGAUAACAAGACUUCAAUUCCCCAAGUAAGGAGCAAAGCCAAAUCUCUCUAUAGUGGUUUUGUGAAAUACAUUGCCUGGAACAUGAGCUAAAACUAAUAGGGUUGUUGUCGUGGGGUACUUCAACCUCCCUAAUAUAAACUGGGACCUCCUUAGUGUAAGCGGUUUAGACAGGGCAGAAUUUGUUAGGUGCAUCCAGGAGGGUUUCUUAAAUCAAUAUGUAGAUAGUCCAACAAGAGGAGGGGCCGUACUGGACCUGGUGUUGGGUAACGAGCCUGGCCAGGUGACCAACCUUUCAGUGGGAGAACAGUUAGGGAACAGUGACCACAACUCCUUAAGUUUUAAGAUAACUAUAGAUAAGGAUAAGUAUGGACCUUGCAGGAGAGUAUUAAAUUGGAGCAGGACAAAUUAUGAGAGCAUUAGGCAGGAACUAGGGAGAGUUAACUGGGAACAGCUGCUUUUGGGCAAGUCCACACCUGGCAUGUGGAGGGUGUUUAAAGACCAACUGCACAGAGUACAGGACAGGUACGUUCCAGUAAGAAGGAAGGACAAGGAUGGCAGGGUAAGAGAACCUUGGAUGUCGAGAGAGGUGGUGAAUUUAGUCAAGAAGAAAAAGGAAAAGUAUGUAAAGCUUAGGAAGCUAGGAUCAAACCGAGCACUUGAGGAUUAUAAAGAAGCCAGAAGGGAACUCAAGAAGGGAAUUAGGAAAGCCAGAAGGGGCCAUGAAAAGUCCUUGGCAAGUAGGAUUAAAGAGAAUCUGAAGGCAUCCUAUACAUACAUCAAGAGCAAGAGGAUAACUAGGGAGAGGGUAGGACUCAAGGAUAAAGGAGGGAACAUGUGCUUGGAAGCAGAGGAUGUGGGUGAGGUCUUAAUGAGUACUUUGCAUCAGUAUUUACCAAGCAGAAGGAUGUGGAGGAUUGGGAGAUCAGUGUGGAGUGUGCUAAUAUGCUAGGGCACUUCGAGAUAAAGAAGGAGGUAGUGUUGGUCUCUUAAAGAACAUUAAGGUGGAUAAUUCCCCAGGGCCUGAUGGGAUAUACCCCAGGUUAUUGAGAGAGGCAAGAGAUGAGAUUGCUAGGGCCUUGACCAAGAUCUUCAUGUCCUCUCUAGCCACAGGUGAGGUCCCGGAGGACUGGCGAGUAGCUAAUGUUGUUCCAUUAUUCAAGAAGGGAAACAGCAUUUUUUUUCUUGCUUUUGAAGAUUAAUCCCGAAGCAUUUUAUGUUGUAGAUGCAUUGAAAUUGCUGCAUAAUGGAAGACCAUAGUCCCAUCUAUCUUGGUUCUACCAUCCUGAUAAUUCAUUGAUGACUAACUAUUGUAGUCAAUGUAGAACAGAUCCAGGAAUUACAUUAGGGGGACAACAGUAGUGAAGAGCCUCAGAGAUCAAAUUUAUAAUUUUCCUGCCAUACAUGCUCAUGCAUCACUUGAAAUUUUAGCCAGGCAAAGUGUGGUAGUUGGUUGAGAGUGAAGUUUGUGUGUGUGUGUUUGUGAGUUACGUGUACAUUGUUUCAUGAAACCUUGGUUAACCACUAACCAAUUAAUAGAUCUCUUAAAGAGCAGUGGUGAUGUUAUUACAGAUUACUCUCAGUCUGAAUUCAGCCUUAAAGACAUGGUCAUUAUCUCCAAGAGCGGAGCCACUGAAGAGGAGCUUUGUUUUUUCAAAAGUUGGACUGGAUGCCAUUGUGCAAACCCUAGCAAUUCCUACAAGGCACAGAUACUGCAUAGCAGUGUUCCUUAACAAAGAAUGCAAAUACCUCCCACCAUUAAAACUUUGGUCUGCGGUGAAAAAAGCUGCCGGGGCAAGCUAUCUGCAUUGGUCUUUUGCCAUAUCUUUAAUUUGCGUACUUCAAACAUUUAACUGCCACAUCACACUGCUGAGACAGACUUUCUUGUGCUAAAUAACCAUGCUGCAGAUUAUAAGUCUGACUUAAAGACCCUUGAGAAAGGACCCAAAUAUAUGGUUAUGUCAAUUGGAAAGAUGGUUUAAAAUGUCCAUUAACAGUUAUGUUUUUCUUAGUUUUACCUGAUGAUUCGCAUUCAUAUUAGUUCUACAUAAAUCCACAUCUUGCUUUGGAACAAGAGAGAUUCUGCAGACGAGAAGAGUUAUAAUAAACGGCAAAGGAAUACUAAGUGACAAGAGUUGUGAAAAGAAAUACAAGGAAAAGGUUGUGAGGGGUGUUGAACAGCAGUGAUAGCCUUUCAACUUAGAGGAAUGGAGUUGACGACAUAAUAUUGCUCUGUUUCUACUGAGAAAUUUUAGUCCAGUUUUUUUUUCUGUUUGUUUUUUUUUCAAUUUUUUUUCUUUAGCUUAGUUUGGUUUGAUAUACUGUUUAUAACUUUUCUUAUUGUUUUGGGGAUUUUUUUUUCUUUCUUUUAUAUUUUAUAAUAAAUCUUUUUCUUUCCUUUCUAUUAUAUUAUAUUCUUUCACUAAGAGAUCGUUGGAUCUACAGAUUUUUUUAUAUACUUUAUUGUUUUUUAUGAUUAUCUGUGCCAUGAUUGUUCUCCCGAUCUCUUUGUAUUACAUCUACAAACAUUGAUGUUAUAUAUUAAUCUGUAUUAAUUUGAAAACUAAUAAAAAGAUUG